AUGGCAGAAUAUCAUAAUUGGAUGGAGCGGCAAGACGACAAUGUGGCGAUCUCAAAACUUUCAAUUCCAGGAACACACAACAGUGCUGCCUGUCACAUUGCAUUGCCAUCAGUUAAAUGCCAGGAUCACAGUGUGAAAACUCAAUUGCAAAAUGGGGUUCGUUUUUUCGACUUCAGACUGGGAAAAUUGUUCUUCAAAGACAGCGAGCAAGGUGACUAUCAGGGUAAAGAUCUACAAGUGAUUCAUGGUAAAUUCCCAGUCCGGAUUCCAGCUCCUCUAAAAUUUUCGUCUGUACUGGGCGAUAUUUAUGCGUUUUUGGACGCAAAUCCUACGGAAACCUGUAUCGUGUCAAUCAAGCAGGAAGGAGAGCCCUUUGACGGAUUUGACAAGUAUGUGUGGGAGCACUACAUUGAGAACAGCCAAGAUCGCUGGUAUUUGGGGUGUAAUGUUCCAAACUUGGGAGAAGUGAGACGAAAGAUCGUGCUUUUCCGCCGUUUUGGCGUCUCGGAUGAACUUCAGGGCCGGGACUUUGGUAUCGAAGCUCCAUGGUGGUCCUAUUGUACUCCAAAUGAAGAUCGCGGCACUUUUCAGGUACAGGAUUUUUGUGAGCUCAAACAUGCGGAGAACAUUUCUGAAAAGAAAAACUACGUCAAACAGUUCCUGCGUACUGCCAUUGAGCACAACAGUACUUCAGAGAGGGACCCAAAGCUUUUCAUAAACUUUUGCUCCGGAUCGAAUCUCUAUGACACUGACUGCUGGCCGGAAAAGGUCGCGGAUGAGAUGUUCAGGAGCGAUUUGGCGUCCGAUAUAGGUCGUGGGUGUGGCAUUAUGAUUCUCGAUUAUGCUGGCAAGGAUGGCUACUGUCUAGUCAAAAAGAUCGUGGAUACGAACUUUCAGUGA